UGACGCGUUCACCUGCCAUCUAGGCCUCUCCGGCAACGCCCGGCUGCAGUAUACACUCUCCUACUGCGGUUCCUGCGUCUGUUGCGCUACCCUAGUUCCAUGCAUCGGUAAUCAGCCGGAUUAGCUGGGUAAGCUCAGGUUGUCCCUCCUGCCACGGCGAUUGCAGUUCGCUGCAACCGUAGCCGACUCGCCGACCGGCAGACUCCUGCCAUCCUCUAUCCUCGGCUCCAACACCUUCCCAAGCGUUUACCCAGUGUCUUGACCGUUGUGGAUCCUGCCAUCUCCAUAAUACCGCCACCACCGGGCCAUCUCCAUACCACUAUUUCUCGCUAAGAAGUCUAGUGUGGCACCGCGCAAUAAGAAGGACGAUGCGCCUACGCAGAUCAUGACAAGAUAUCUGACGAACUUUUGCAUACGACGACUGUGACCAUUUUAAUGCCUGCGACAUCGGGAGAAGAGCAACAUAUUGACGACAUCAUGCCUGCAGCCGUGUAUUCGUCGCCGCCAAUUGCCUCACCGUUCUUGCUGAGAGUAAGCGACGUGGAAGCGUUGGGCCAAUCACAGGGUUUCAACAUUCUUCAACAACAUCUUGCGCAGCAAUACACAUUUGAGCUUUGCGAGUCACAUACUCCUGCGGAGUCGGAAGAUCCAGAUGAGUGGCUCAUUAUCCGCGACGUGCUCCAUGCCCUUCUAGUACCGAUAGUGGAACUCUUCGACAAAGCAUGCUCCGUGGCAGCCCAGGUUACCCGUGCCAGCAAGCUUGAAGAUCUGGAGUACGCCUUCACCGAACAGGCUCGAAGUGCCUUUGUCUGGCUCCAAUGCUUUCUGUCUUCGGAACGGGAGCGCGAGUGGUGUUACACCAGAGGGUGCCCGGCGUGUGUUGUUGACCAUAGCUUGGACAGCGAGUUCACCGUCCGCCUUCUUUACGCCGCAUGUCUACUAAGCGACGUGCACUACCCUUUCACUCUUGACGGCCCGACUCUGCCGAGUUUCAUCUUCUUCUUGGAGUCAUUAGAGCGUGCACUCGAGCAAGAUCCAUUAUACAAUGACGACUUCUACGAGCUUAUGCAGCCGAAAGCCGUUGCUACACGGAAUGGGAUCGAAGACCUGAUACGGCAAUGUAUGGACCUGGAUAGGGUGUCAAGCCAGCCAUCGUCGCCUUUGACUUCGGACUCGGAGUCUGAAGCAGUGCUAAGUCCCUUAUUAGCUGCGAUGGGUGAUUCAUCAGAUACGCCACGCUUGAAAGUCAAGCGCAGUAAGAUGGCGCGGAGGUUGAUGAGGUUGAAGAAGGAGGAGGAGCAGUGGAAAAAUGAGAUGCUUAGAAGGAUGGUGGAGGAGCGGAGAAUGGGCGAUGCAGCCAAAGAUGAGCCGACUGUCAGUGUGAGCGAGGUGCGGCCUGACCAGUGAAUGCCACCAAAGAAGGUGCGCAAGACCUACUAUCAGAGCUCACCCACGAGCCUACUGGGCUACGGAGUCUUUGCGAACACGGACGAUGCCGUACCGUCCGCCGCCGAUGUUUGACAAAGACUCCAUCGUAAUGAUCCGCCGCUACUCUCGCGCGAGAAGUAUGGCUCACAAUCACGAGGGUAGUCGACGGAAUCGCGGUGUAUCGCAGUGACCGCGGUCGAAUACGGAAGGGUGUAUAAGGUACUGCUUGAGUGAGAUGAUACCCCAAUGGCGAUUUGUAACAUCGUGGAUAGCACAAGACAGCGAUUGAACCGUAUGAACAGACCUCUAAAC